CCUCCCGGUCUCUUGAGGGUGGCUGCAGCAGUGCCGGCGGCUCAAGGAAGCCGAUUGAGUCCGAGCGUGGGGCCACUGCAACGGUGUCCUCUUUCCGUGGGGGUGGGGAGGCCAAUCCUAUUCCUAUCUGGGGAGGAAACAACUUGAUAAAAAAGGGGGAGUGCUGCUCACUGAGUCUGGCCCUACGGCUGAUGCCCCCUCUCGAUGUUAUAGGCAAGCCAUCAAGCCAGUUACUCUGGAGCAGCCGCCCCACAGGGAUCUGGCCCCACACGAGAGAGAAGCAGCACGAAGCAGCCCAGCCUUAAAAACGAGACCUUCACAGUAACUCUUCUUUCUCCCAAACCAGAGUCACGUCGGUUUCCAAGCCAGCGACUUUGGGCAGGGAAGUGGGUGUAGCAAAAGGGGGGAAACAAAAAGCGGAGCGGGGCUGUGCCAAUGCCUGUCUCCACGUGCUCUCGGUCUUGUUUCUGGGCUGCGGCGGCUGCGAGGUGGGGGGUGAGGGGAGGGAGGGCUGAAGCCCCUCCCCCUCCUGGCCAUCUCCUCCCCCUCAGCUCCGUCCCGGGCUUCUCUCCUUUAACUUUGCUGCAACUCUCUAAACUUUUUCCAGCUUUUACAACAUGGGAGGAAACAUCACGUAGCAACCGAGCGGAGCGGUUUUUUUUCGCCUAUUGCAAGCGCGGCAGCCGGGCAGGGGAAAGCCAGAAGCUGCUCUGCAGCGCCGGCAACCCUCCUCCUCCUGGUCCGUCCCGGGACUUCUGCUUCGCGAUGGGCAGGCAGGACAGCCCGGGGCCCAGAGGCUUCGCGCCGGCGGCAUUAUAGCCGCUGCCGGCUCGGGUCUGUCCGUCUGGAGCCCCGGCGGGGAGAGAGAGCGAUUCGCUCUCGCCGGCAGCAAUCCUGGGGCCGGGCACUGACAUGCGAGUGCUGGGGGUGGCCGAGGGCAGCCCCCGGCGAGAACCGACGCCGCUCUCCUUGGAGCUCCCGCCGCGGAAGAGGCUCCAGCCGGCGGCCCCCGAAGACCGCUGCGGUAGCCGCCCCCCUCCGGAGGGAGCCGGGGCCGCCUCGGGGGGCGAGCUGAGCCACUUCGAGAGAGCCGCCGCCGCCAAGGGAGAAUGGUGCCCCAGCUGCCAAGCCAAGCUGGCCGAGCUCAAGAGGCAAGCGCUCAAGCUGGCCGCCGGCUGCAACUCUCUGGCCCCGCGGGACCCGCGAUUAUCAGCUUUAAUUUUCGACAAGCUUCAAGUGCCUGAAUAUUUACAGAAAUCCAGGAGCGAAGGGGAGAGCCGGUGUGAUGUUUGCGCAGCUCACUUAAACCAGCUGAAACAGGAGGCCGUCCAGGUCAUCCGCCACAACCUCGACCAGGCUGGUUGCCAAGACGCAGCGGAGCCCCCACAAAGUGCCGUGGCCAUGGCCGCCGUGUUGCCGAGGCUUUCUUCCCAAAACUUGGCCACCGUGUCUUCUCCGAGGGACUUGUCUCUCGUGGCCGGGCAGGUGGGUAGACCGUCUGGGAAAACCACAGGGCUUUUCUCUGGGACAGAGAGGAAGAAGGGACUCGGAUGGCCACAAGGCGCAAGCGGGUUUCCGAACUCCAGCGUUCAAGUGACUGUGGCUCCCAGUGGCCUUAGUGGGGCAUUGAGCUCCGUAACAAUCCAGGCUCAGCAGUACCUCGAGGGGAUGUGGAGUAUCUCCAGAGUGAACAGCUUUCUUCCUCAAGCUUGUCUAGAGGCUACAACAGCAGAGUGUGGAAAGGAAGGCUGUAAUAUCCAAGUCACCUCAGGGCAGAACAACUGUGACCAAGCCGGGGCUGGUGGUUCAUUGACUUCGCAGAGUUUGGUCACUCCUGCCGGCGUCUCUUCAGGUACUUCAGCUGCGGCAUCAUUCUUCAUAAGAGCCGCCCAGAAACUUAACCUGUCCUCAAAGAGAAAGAAGCAUCACACACCUUUGCUGCAUUCCCACGACUUCUCCAUCUAUGCCACUAACUUCAGUGGCAUCCUGCAGAUGUGUCCUCCUCCAGCACCGCCAUGCCUUUUGAGAGCUGUGUCAAAAGUCAAGGACAACCCGGGGAUUGGAAAGGUGAAAGUGAUGGUGAGGAUUUGCCCCUCGCAAGGAACACAUGACACAUCGGAAUCCAUGUCAUUUCUGAAGGUGGACCCACGGAAAAAGCAGAUCACCCUUUACGACCCGACCGCAAGCGGUCCUUCCAACACAGGGCACCGAAGAGGAGCUGUGGCCGUCCCAAAGAUGUUUGCCUUUGAUGCGGUCUUUCCCCAGGAUGCUUCCCAGGCGGAGGUGUGCUCAGGAACAGUAGCAGAAGUAAUCCAGUCUGUCGUGAAUGGUGCAGAUGGUUGCAUCUUUUGCUUUGGUCAUGUCAAGCUUGGCAAAUCCUACACAAUGAUCGGGAAAGAUAGCUCUACGCAGAGCCUUGGGAUUGUCCCUUGUGCUAUUUCAUGGCUCUUCAAACUCAUCAACGAGCGCAAGGAAAAAACCGGGACCCGUUUCUCAAUUCGAGUGUCUGCUGUGGAGAUCAGUGGCAAAGAUGAAAACCUUCAGGAUUUGUUAUCUGAAGUAGCCACCGGCAGUCUUCAGGACGGACAGUCUCCCGGGGUUUAUCUGCGAGAAGAUCCGAUAUGUGGAACACAGCUUCAAAAUCAAAGUGAAUUGAGGGCCCCGACAGCAGAGAAGGCUGCUUUUUUCCUCGAUGCAGCGCUGGCGGCCAGGAGUACUAGCAAACCCGAGUGUGACGAAGAGGACAGGAGGAAUUCACACAUGCUCUUCACUCUCCAUAUCUAUCAGUACCGCAUGGAGAAGAGUGGCAAAGGGGGAAUGUCAGGUGGACGCAGCCGUUUGCAUCUCAUUGACCUCGGAAGCUGCGAGAAGGUGCUAAGCAAGAGUCGGGAAGGAGGGGGUUCCCUCUGCCUGUCCCUGUCUGCCUUGGGCAGUGUCAUCCUAGCCUUAAUCAAUGGUGCCAAACACGUACCAUACAAAGACAACAAACUGACCAUGCUGCUGCGAGAAUCGCUCGGGAACAUCAACUGCAGGACAACCAUGCUAGCUCACAUCUCCGACUCCCCAGCCAAUUAUGCAGAAAGUCUCAUGACCAUUCAGCUGGCCUCGCGCAUCCACCGAAUGAGGAAGAAGAAAUCGAAGUAUGCAUCCAGCUCAUCUGGAGGAGAUAGCUCAUGUGAAGAGGGCCAUAUACGAAGACCUCCUCACCUGAGACCAUUUCACCCAAGGACCGUAGCUCUUGAUCCUGACAUUCCUGUACUGAAUAUUUCCAGUGAGCCAGAUUAUUCCUCGAGCAGUGAGCAGUCCUGUGACACUGUCAUCUACGUUGGUCCCAAUGGCACAGCUUUGUCAGACCGGGAGCUGACGGAUAACGAAGGCCCUCCCGAGUUUGUGCCCAUCAUCCCUUCCCUGAACAAGAAGAGAAGCAAAGACAACUUUGCUCUUGCGAAAAGCUCCGACAAAGACCAUUUCAAGUGCAACACAUUUGCAGAACUGCAGGAGAGGUUGGAGUGCAUCGACGGAAGUGAGGAACCCAUGAAGUUUCCUUGCGGUGAGGCCCCCCCGGCAUCUUCCAGCAGCCCGCUCCCAGCAAGUGCAGAAAAUGGACAGUCUAAACCCAAACCAUCCUCUCCUCCUGGAGGAUUAAAAAAACCACCUUUGCCGGAAACGGGGGCUCCUAAAAAGGGGCAUAACCUUUACUUCCAGCACAACGGUGGUUGCUCUGAAAAGAAAACCCCUCCUUUAAAAAUGGAACAGGCCAAGCAGCAAAGCAAGCCUGAAGGCAAGAGAGCAGAUUCAGAUGGGGAGACCAUUUCCAGUUCCUACCAGUUACCAACGUGUCAUGCUCCGAGGAGUCAAGAGCCCAGUCAAGCCACUGCUGAACCCAUUGUAAAAGAAAAAUCCUCAUACGUGAAGAGGCCUUUGCCCAGCCCUGCCCCUCCACCCCCACAACAACAGGAGUCUUCCCUGAAGACCAAGCAAAGCUAUUUGGAGUUUGAGCACAACAAUGCAAUCAGGACUCCACCUGUGGGGAUGAGUAAGCAAGUGACUAACCUGUCGGAACCUAACGCCAGAGGAAGCACAUUUUCGGCAGGCAGCAGCACUGAGCACCAAGGAGAUGGCAUAGAAGUCCAUCGAUUCCGGUCAUCUUUCCGAGGCAAAUGCUUUGACCGGGAUAUAUUGACGACGACGGUGACUUUGCAGCAGCCUGUAGAGCUCAAUGGUGAGGAUGAGCUUGUCUUCACAGUGGUCGAAGAGCUGUCCAUCAGCGGCAUCUUGGAUAAUGGACGGCCCGCCAGCAUCAUCAGCUUCAAUAGCGACUGCUCGCUCCAGGCCCUCGCAUCUGGCUCCAGGCCAGUUAGUAUAAUUAGCAGUAUAAACGAUGAGUUUGACGCUUACACCUCCCAAGCAAGUGCUACGGGUGUCAAUAUCGAUAUUGUCGUGCCCUUUGCCGAGGAUCCGUUUUCUGGCGGCAGUAGACGUUCCUCCAUCAGCUCGUGGCUCAGCGAAGUCAGCAUCUGUACGAUCGAAAGCGGCGGAGGCCGGUCGGGUGACAGUUUUCUUGCUCAGUCCUCUUACAGCUGUGGCAAGUCCGAGGAGCCUUUUAACUUGGGUUCUCCGAAUGCCCUGGUUCCCUUGAAAGCUGCUCUGAACGACAGCGGGUUUUGCUUCUCGGAGCUGGAGAGCGAGAGCAUGAGUUCAAGCCAAGCAUCUUCAGGGGUCAACAGAAGCCCUCAAAACUGCGACUUAGCCAAAGCAUCUCAGACAGAAAGUGCUCUUUGCCUCACUGACCAGCCAGCAAAGGUUAGGCCCCCUAACUCACAAAGCACACUGGUGAUAGAAACCAUACACUCGAGUCUUCCCCGGAGAACAAAAACUACCUCAUCUUCGCCCCACAAGACCGCCACCCUUAGUUAUAAGGAACUGCAGAAGCCACCUAUGAUGUUUGAAGAUCCCUGGUUGGUUCGCAAAGACGACCGUUUGGACGCAAACACUGCGAGACUGUUGCUGUCUCCAAAAUCUCACCUCUUUGGUGCUGAGAAGCAGCUGGCCAAAUCCGCCCAACAUCCCGGCAGUUCGGCAAGGCCAACGAAAUCCCAGACGAUGCUCACCUGCUCCCAGAGGGUUGUUGAUGGUUGUGAAAUGGCCUGCAAGUCUUCCAGUGGUGCUGCUAAGAAAUCGGAUGCCCUCGCCAAAAUGCCACAGCUCAAAAGAGGAGCCACUACACUGGGUGUGGUUGCAGUGUCGCACAACAGUGCUACGGAUGGCAUGAGCCGAGGAAGUGCUGAAGCCAAUUUUGCCACUGGCAGCCUGAAGAAGAAAAACGGGCAGCAGAAAUCGAGCAUGCUACCCAGACCGAGCGGGACGAUACCUCCAGCACCCCCCGUGCGCAAGUCAAGCCUGGAGCAGAAAAACGGUGGGAUGCCAAAUGGUGGAAGCAAAGCUGCAGGAUCAGAGCCUGCUAGGGCCGUGACAGCCAAAAAUGAGGAUGUCGAUUUGCGAUUGAGGGCAGGGUUGUGUCCCAACGAAAGCACUGGUAGCAGAUGCAACCUAAAGGGAGACCACUCUUUGCCAAAAGCGACCUCAAGUCUGAAGGCGAAGGCGUCAAAAAGUGAAGCUGCCCAUCGCUAUGGGAGCCACAUGUCCCUAGAAAGAUGUGACAGCCUGGUGUCUGUAGGAUCCAAGGCCAGUUUGGCUCGUGAAAAUGGCAGCGGCUGCAUGAGCAAUGGCAGAAGUGGCCGGUUGGUCCCAAGGCUGGGUGUUCCUCCCAUUGCUUCUGGCCUGACAUCCCCUCCAUCAUAUACCACGCCUUCACCCUGCAAAACCAGUCAGGCCAAGUGUACAGCAAGCCAAAAGGCUCCAGCAAGUGGGAACAAAAGCCGCAGCCUUUCGGCCAGCGGGUCCAAGUCUCUGAGCAACUCUGUGAAAUCACUGGCGCAGUCCGUCGGGAAGACCUCGAGCAUCCCUUUGAGUGGGAAGGCAACCCCGCGGUCCAUGCAAGGUGUCAGCAGCAAACCCGGCCGGGGCACCAUCAUGGGGACCAAGCAGGCCAUUAGGGCAGCCAACAGUCGGGUCAAUGAGCUGGCAUCGGGGAGUUCGGUCAAGAUGAGCCAUUUCCGAGGUUCGACAGACUCAGAUAGCGGCAACGACAGCGGGAUUAACCUGAGUGAUGAGAAGUCACAGGCCCUGGUACUUCCAUCUCCGUACAGCAAGAUCACUGCUCCGAGGAGACCCCAGCGCUACAGCAGCGGGCACGGGAGUGACAACAGCAGCGUCUUGAGUGGGGAGCUACCGCCAGCAAUGGGUCGAACUGCUCUUUUUUAUCAUAGUGGUGGCAGCAGUGGCUACGAGAGCAUGAUCCGCGACAGCGAAGCCACUGGCAGUGCAUCCUCGGCGCAUGAUUCCAUGAGUGAGAGCGGGAUGUCUUCACCAGGUCGCAUGAGAAGUUUGAAGUCCCCAAAGAAGAGGUCAACAGGUUUCCAGCGCCGUCGGCUGAUCCCGGCUCCUCUGCCCGAUUCCGCAUCCCUGGGGAGAAAGCAGAACGUCACCGGCCAAUGGGUUGAUCUACCACCCUUGCCGGGCACUUUGAAAGAGCCAUUUGAAAUUAAAGUUUAUGAGAUUGAUGAUGUGGAACGAUUACAGCGGCACAGACAAGAGGAAACGGAGCAGCCUUUCCAGGAUGUUGAAAAAGGCCUGAUCUAUUUCAAUACCAAGCUGAAAAUCCUGGAGAGGCGCCACCAGCGGAUUCGAGAGGUGAAAGCGAAGCACGAACUCCUGAAAGACGAGUUGGAAGAAACCAAGUGCAGGUUGAUGUUGGAUCCAAACAAAUGGAAAGGAGAAUUUGAGGUUGACCCUGAUCUUGAUAAGGAGUCGCAAGAUUAUCUGGAGGCGUUGGAACAAGUGACUGAUGAACUGGAGCAGUGUGUCAAUGUAUGCAAGUCACACGUCAUGAUAGUCACCUGCUUUGAUAUUGGAGUGAUCUCCGAUACCCAGGAUGGAGCGCGGGAAGUGGAAGUUUGAAGGUGGUUUGCAAAGGACUUGAGAAGACGAAGCCAAACUUUCAAGAGAUGGGAGUGGGGAAAUAUGUGUAUUGGAAAGCAGAGAGGGGACGUGAAGACUUAAUGCGACAAAGAAUGUUGUCGAAGCCUGAAACUGUCAAGGAAUUAGAAUGUUCUAAACCUUUAUGGUGCCUCAACAACUGAUGAAUUGUACAAAGACCAACCUGAUUUCUAAGAGAGGAAAGCAGAAAAAUAAUCUAUUGAGAAACAACUCUGUCUGAAAAGCAAAAGUGCCUUUAACAUUCAUUUGUGACUUGUUUUCUUGAUUUUUUUAAUUUGUUGCUAGAACUGAAACCAGCAAACCUAAGCAGACCAUAAAAUGUAUUCCUAUGAAAUAUUUUAUACUGUAUAGUGUAAUUUAUGACUAUAUGUAAAAACAAAAAAUUGUAGCAAAAGCAAUAAGUAAAUUAUGUUUUCAUACCUGAAUUUGCCUCCUUGUUUCACGGAAAAGCUGGUUUAUGUAGCAGAACAAAAGAAAAAUUUGUAUUAUAAUUGCUUUUUCAUGGUUUAGGAUUUGAGAUAUUUUUAUGAACAUUUAUCUAUUGGAAAGGUGUAUUAUGAGAUUUCAGAAUGCUCGGUUUGUAUUCAGUUUUUGUACUCUUCCUUUUUCAGAUCACAAUAAACAUGCUUUUCCCAUGUUUUCUAUACAAAUAUUAGGGCUGAAAUGUUUAGUUGAUUAAUUAGUUAGAUUAAUCAAUUAAAAACCUUUUGAUUGAUUAAAAAGGUGCCUCCAGAUUAACGAGACAUCAGAGUUUUUGAAUUAUUUUUAAUACUAGUACUUGCAAAAACUGAAGAUGAGGACCAUCAUAAGAGAGACAUUCCUGGUUCUUUUUCUCUCAUGAACAGGAAUCCCUCUUCUAAAAUGGCGGCUGCUGCAACAUGUGCAUGAUUUGAAAUAAAUAAAUGUGUUUUUCUUCAGAACUGUUUAUAUUCAUAUGCAAAUGUGUGAGGUUUCAAUCUAUUAAUGAAGAGGUUCUCCAACCUUGACAUCUCGAGAUGUCAUUGGACUUCAGCUCCCUUCAGAAGUCCAAUGACAUUUGAGGACUCGAGUUUGAGAACCCCUUCAUUAAUGUAUGUAUUGAUUAAUGGAUUGCAACUCAUAAAAUUGACCAAGAUUUCUUUCAUCGGAUGGCGGUCCUAAUCAAUAUAUCAACUGCUUAACUAUUUCCAUGGACCGUAUUCCUAAAACCGCUAGAGUAGACCAGUUGAAGUCAGUGGGAAUACUCCAAAAGUGUAAGCAGUCAGAGGGCCAAUAUUUACAUGAUAUGCUGGUGCAUGCACUUCUUUUAGUCAAUGGUACUUUGGAAGUGGGUAAUUUUCAGCAAGAAUCUUUGAUAAGUGACAGAGGAAGGUGUUUCACCUCCCCCCCGCCUUUCACUGCAACUAACCUUCCAGUCCCCGUUCCCCCCACCCCCCGGCCGCUGGGGAAAUUCCAAACAUGUGUUUACUCCUGCAAACAUGUGCCUUUGGCCAUUGUGGCAGAGUAUGGUGGAAGUCACAAUCUAAUAGCAUCUGGGGACCAAAUUUGAGCACCACUGUCGUAGGGGAACAAGGGAGAAGGAGGAGUUGAGACCAAAGAGAAGCAGACAGGUGCAGGAUAAGCACCACCUCUCCACCACCUUUAUUGCUGAAAAUCACCCACUCCCAAACCAGGUUUGACUUAGGGCAGAUUCACACAACAUGGACAAAACUGAAACUCUGGUUCCCAGAAUCAAGUGGGGAGCCUGACUUUCAUUGGGGAGGCUGGAAGCCAAUAUUGGUUGUGUUGUCUGAACGCACCAGUGCCAGCUCUGCCAGCCUAGUUACAGGUCCAGAACUGGCAUCUGUAACCAAGCGUUUAAAUCGGUUGCAGAUGUCGGUUCUGGAACCAUAAGUAGGGCUGAUGGGUCAGACACUGGCAGGCAUGGAAUGCACGAUUAAAGUUGGCUUCCAGUCCCCCACCCGUUGGGCGCGCUGCCAAACUGGGAACCAGAGAUUAGGCUUUUUCUGUGUCAUAUGAACCUGCCCUUAAAGCAGCUAUCAGAAUGUUAGUACGUGCAUUGGAGUGUAACAUGUAGUUUGGCCCUAAACCUAACAGGUAACCUCAUUCAUCACUGAAUUGACCACUUUCCCCAGAAAUCCUUAACCCAGUGGCUGACAUCAUAAGCCAUCUCCCAACACGCUCUUACACACACUCUGGUCCAGUAAGGUUUUCCACUAGAAAAUCUCUCCUCCCUUCAGAUAACAAGCCAGUUAAUUUACCAGAUGAUAACUGCUUGAUGAGGAGAGGUGGGGAGAACCUUACUGGGUUGGAGAUUUCAGGACUGAAAGUUGCUGACUCCUGCCUUAAUCUAACCCAAGGAACUCUGUAACCUACACUGUGGCUUCUCUCUCUCUCUCUCUCUCUCUCUCUCUCUCUCUCUCUCUCUCUCUCUCUCUCUCUCUCUGGAAUUAAGACUUAUGUUUAUUACCAAAAUCACAAGGAAGUGGGGUAAAAAUGUUUUUCCUCUCUCUUUUUUUUAAGUAAAUAUUAAGUUAGGUCCAUAUUUUUGUAUAGUUUUGACAAUAAAUAUAGCAUUUGCAUUUUAUGAACUUUUAAAGACAAAUAUAUCUUUUUACAGUUUUUCUAAGGAAGGCAAACUCUCAGGAUUGUUUCUAUACAUGCUGCAUGAAUCUUGUGCUUUUUUUGAAGGAAACCACUUUUAAGGUGGAGACUGUUGAUAAAUUGUUGCCAAACAAAACUUUUGAAAAGGUUUGAUAGUGUAUGUAAUAAUCGCAUUUCAUAAGGAACCAUAUUUUCUGAUCAUCUUGCUUUGUAUGGGGUUGGUUGUUUCCCCCCACAAAAUCCUUUGUAUAAAUGUAUACUAUGAUGGCUUGCUUUGCUUUUUCAUGUGAAUAAAAAGAUCUAUUGUUAACCUUU